ACAUGCGACCUUUACUUCCGGUGACGUUAGAAGGGCGCGCCGAUGUGUUGAAGUUUUGCUGUGUAAUUUCUUACUGUGUCCAUUCGAUACCGGUGUAACUAAAAUUCUAUAGGAUUCAUUUCCCUUUUGCAAGAUGGAAUAUUUGAUUGGUAUUCAGGGUCCGGACUUUGUCUUGGUUGCGGCUGAUAAUGUGGCUGCCAGCAGCAUCAUCAAAAUGAAACAAGACUACGACAAAAUGUUCAAACUGAGCGAGAAAAUCCUGUUGCUGUGUGUCGGAGAAGCUGGAGAUACUGUACAGUUUGCAGAAUACAUUCAGAAAAAUGUCCAGCUCUACAAAAUGAGAAAUGGAUAUGAGCUCAGUCCGACGGCUGCUGCGAACUUCACCAGGAAGAACCUAGCAGAUUAUCUGCGCAGUAGGACUCCCUACCACGUGAACCUGCUUUUGGCAGGUUACGAUCAGACCGACGGUCCUGCUCUGUACUAUAUGGACUACAUGUCAUCGCUGGCUAAAGCCCCAUUCGCAGCACACGGAUACGGAGCUUUCCUUACUCUGUCCAUCAUGGACCGAUACUACAGGCCAGAUCUGACACGUGAUGAGGCACUAGACCUUCUGAAGAAGUGCAUAGAAGAGCUCAACAAGCGCUUUAUCCUGAACUUGCCCUCUUUCACCGUUCGCUUGAUCGACAAGGAUGGCAUUCACGACAUGGAGAAGCUUUUCGUGGGGGCAAAGUGACCGUCUGCUGUGGCAUCUUCACACCAUCACUCUUUUGUACUGCAUAUCUGAUCCUUUAUGUUCAAAUAAAACUUUAGCCCUGUUAAA